UCUGGGGUAUCAUUGCAGCUUUGAAGCUUAAACUUGAGUGAUGAUGGAACAUUCCCGGUAUUAUUUUGAGCUGCAUUACUGAUAAAUUCUGGACUUUUCUUCUUAAUAUAUCAAUCUAUCACUAUCCACGAUGGCUCGUGUUCAAGAGGAAGAAGGAGAAGGACAUCAAGAGUCCCAACCGGAAUUAUACUCACCAAUUUAUUUUCCCCGUCGUCCUGCACCUGUUGAUGUCGCAAAGUAUGUUUCUUUUUCACCGUCUUUUAAUUCCGAUUCUGAUUCCAUCUACAUCCAUGUUCCCCUUUUAUAAUAACCUCCAAGUUAUCAUAUCCAGCUUACAAACUCGUUCUAGCUACCACGGUGAAUCUGUCUUCUGCACACCCCCACUCUUCGGCCCCCUCCUCUUCGAUAAUGUCGACAGCGAUUGUCGCGAUCAUUGCGCUAAUGAACGAACCUUCCUGUCUUACCUACGCCUUUCCAUCUACAUGACCAUUGUCUCUUUAGCCAUAGUUCUCUCUUUCCACCUAAAGUCAACACCCACACAGCUUGAGCUGCGUAUGGCCCAACCUCUUGGCAUAAUCUUUUGGGUGCUAUCUCUCGUUUGCUUGGCUUUAGGGUUUGGAAAUUAUAUGAAGACGGUUAAUAAGUAUAGUCGGAGGGUGGCUAUUGUGCAGAGUGGAUGGAAGACGCAAGGGGUGAGUGGUUGUUCUUUUCUUUUGCUGCCUUCAUUUGGUGGGCUUCGUAGAGGAGGUGUUUCCUAGUAGCAUCUCAGUAGCGUGGUUGAUAUCCAUUUAAGGGAAAAGUUGAGAAGACUUUGAAAGCUGGUUAAAAAGGUCUCUAAUGCAGACGUUCCAGCAUCUAAAGCAUCUAAGAAGAAUCAAGCGCCGUCUACCUGUUAUUAGACAGCAACUACGAAUUGAUAUGCUAACUUUAAAUCCUCUGUAGGUUCUCACGACAGUCGCAGUUGCAAUAAUAGCAGUCUGUGUUUUAUUUCUGGCAACAAGUUCAAAACGAACCUAGUACAGUAUAAUGGGCAGAGAUCUUAGGCGAGUAUAAGGGCCUUAGACAAUCUCAUGCUCAUUACAUCAUGACACACACACUCUCUACGUUAUUUUCUAUCAUGCAGCAAGGACAUAACGUCCAAACCUAUUAUACGUAUUACUUCAGAAUUUGAUUAUUUUAAGCCGUUGAUUCUUGUCAUAAAGCUUGGUAGAUAUUUGACUUCUGGACUCCAAGUCGUAGCAAAGUCGUAACUCGAAGUGCCUGGAGGAGGCCGAAGGUUUCAUCGAAGCUGCUACAGCGAGAAUAAAACUUACGCGUGAUCAAGCACAAACAGCCAGUCAUUUUGACAAGCAUCUGAUCAGGUUCGAGUAAAUUAGAAAUCCAGUAAAGCGAAGGCUUGAGAGUACAGGAGUAGUGAAGAAAUGAAGGAAGGAAUGGCAAAUGAGUAUUCUCGAAACUCUUUGUAGAAACUCCUAAAUUUUCUCAACAGUUCUAGUUCGUGCAAUCGUUCGGCGGAAGCUCACCUGGAGCUAAGUUUACGAAACUCUGAAAUCAACAACGCCAGAAGUCUUCAAGGAGCACAAUGGGAGCAAAACAUACCUGCUGUCAGGUAGGUAUUUACGGACUCUAGCUUUCAAUACUCACUCCUCAAUGCAACAAAAUAGUUCGAGUUUUAAGAGGAGUAUCAAAUCUAUUUCUGGCAUUAGAUGCGGUUGUAGUAUUCAAUGUAUUUGGCAGUUUUAAUCGAUUUAA